AUGUCCUUUGACCGCGUUCUUCCUCGGCCAGUGGCCUUGUACGAUGACCCGGCAUCGCGACUACUACAUAGACAGACCAGCAGUCUAUUGGAGCACAAGAUCAUGACUGAUCGCAAUAGGGCCCUGCCUCUCCAGGACAUGUCAUUCGCAUCCGGCGAAGCACAGCGAUCCAAGGAGCCAGACAGCUGUUCAACAGCCUUGUCCCAGAUGCAGCUCUCUGCCGUGAACAGAGAGCAAAUGGGCCAGAAUGGCCAGUUGUCGGCGAGCUUCACCGCGCUUUCGUCAAGGCAGAACACACCAACCCUGAUAAGCGUGGAAUCGGCCAACAGAGACCGCUCAGGGUCCGGCAGUCCAUCAAGGCCCGAAUCGGCUAGAGAGUCUGCGUCGCAGUUCUGUCUGUGUCAACCUGACCCCAAGAUUCCAAGACCCAGGAAUGCAUUUAUUUUGUACAGGCAGCAUUAUCAGGCAGCCGUGGUUGCGCAGAAUCCUGGACUUGCAAACCCAGAGAUCUCCAAGAUCAUUGGAGAGCAAUGGAGAGCUCUGCCAGCGGAAACCAAGGAGGAAUGGAAGGCUCUAGCGGCGGCAGAGAAAGCCCGGCAUCAGCAGCAGUACCCAGACUAUCGAUAUCAACCAAGGAGAUUCGGACGUGACGGCUAUGCUCGUAAUGGAUCCAUGUCUACUGGUAAUCAAAUAGCCUCGACGAUAUGCAAUCGGUGUGGGGGGCGGCUGAUGAAUCCGCCUUCAACACCUCAUACGCCUCUGACUGCUGCCGUGCCUCCCAUGAGUAGUCGCUCCUUGGACUCGAUGUCUCCCCAUCCCAGCUCCUCCCGUGUCAAUGGAAAUGGAAGUACAAAGUCCGAUCGCCGCCCAGCGGCAUUGCACAUAUUAAAUGACUCUGACCGACGCAUGCUACACAACCAGUGGCGAGAGCCUGAAACUGCACCCUUGGACACAAAACGCCGUCGUUUAAACGGGAGCCCGUUUCAAAACAUUGAUGGUCCUGAUACAGAGAUUUAUUCUCUCCCUUCUCAGCAGCAGACAUGCGUCUCCCGUCCUGGUGUCGCCUAUUUUCGAAGCCACGCUGACCCCUCAUCUAACGGGCAUGUCCACGCCGCCCAACAAAGGCAGGACAGUGAGAACUACUAUGAUCCAAGCCUCACACUCCCACCUUUGAAAGCAGAUGGGACGCCUUCCACUCGCAUUCAGGCUGACACCGUUAUGACGAUCCCAGUUUUGAAUAAGAUCAAGGUCCUUGCUAAGAUAUCUCCGCCGCUCUCUGAGCAAAACAGCCCCCAAUCGAGAGGCAUUGUUAUCGCCGUCGACGGCCAGGACCUGACUCAAGUCAAAGUCAUGUUGAAGUACCUGGGACAGCUUCUAAUGGAUGAUGGAAAGUACAUUGUCCGAGUCUUCGAAGGACCCGACAUCGUGGCCCGCAAAGGCUCAACUUCAGGCGAAAUGGGGGAUGCGACAGUUGACUAUCUGAACGUCAUCUCCGCCUGGCAUCGGAUCUCAGACGAGAUCAUUCAAUUUAUCAGCAGCCCAAGGUCGUCGCCACAGACGGCAAAUGGCUCUAAAUCCUCUUCGAGAACUGGGUCGCCUCAGUCCGGCAGCACAGAAAUGCUAUCUACAGGCUCAAGCCCUUCUCCACCAACGACAGUGCCUAGUACUACUGCUACUAGCCCAUCCCCAGUUCCUGUUGCCUUAGUUCCGCGAUAUCAGCUUACGACGGCAGACGCCUUUGCCUGCUCUAUUCCUAUAAACGACCGCUAUGAAUUUCUCGAUCAUUGGCAGUGGAUGGCGUCGCUUUGGCGGGCAUGUAUUGGUCCUGAUGUGACAGUACACAUCCGGGAGUGUGACCGAGAAGAAAUCGAGCGUCAUGGUUCUGGAAACCCCGUCGAAGUACGUCUUAACGAAGCGCGAACUCUUAUUGUUCGGCGAUUGCCCGACCCGACGAAAGAUAUCGAGGAGAAAGCUCUAAAGCGCGUCGGCUUCGAGAUUGAAGAUUUUCUUACUCGGUGA